GUAACUAUCUUAUCAUCAAUUGAUUAAUAUUCAUUCGCUCCGAUUAUUUAAAGGAUACUCAAAUUACAAAAAAACUUGGAUCAAUUGUCGAAAAUGAAAUUUACUAGUGUUUUAUUAGGUGCUUUGGCUGCUACUUUAGCUUCUGCUAAAUAUUCCAAUACUACUAUCACAGAUAUUGGCACUACUGUCAUCACUGUCACUUCUUGUGAAAGUGUUACAGUCUGCUCCGAGGUUCCAGUUACCACUGGUGUUACUGUCGUUACCACUACCAUUCAGGGUACAGUUACUGUUUAUACAACCUUUUGCCCAUUACCAACAGAGACUUCAGUCCCAACCAUUUCUAUUCCUGAAGUUGAGACUGCUAAUGUUGGUGCCAAAGCUGCUUUCGGUUUAGGUUCUUUUUUUGGUGCAGCUGGUUUACUAUUAUUAUAAUAAACGAUUUAUUUUGAAAGGAGGGUUUUUUAAAGGAUUUUUUUAUAGGUUCAUUAAUUUUUGGAUUUUAAAUUUGUUUGAAGCAAACUUAUGGUUUAAAAAUAAUUUUUUAUAUACAUAUUUUUAAUUAGACAAAUAAAGGGUAUUUAUAAUUUACUUCAAG